CCGCCCCGCGAGCUGCAGAGCACGGGGAUGUGUUGGAAUGCGCGCGAGCUGCUGGAACUUCUGUAAACUAGUAAACUCGAGUUUUACUUAAUUUCUGCUCAUAAAACCCCGAUAAUACCGAACUAAAGACCGGGAUCAGCGCGCGGGAGGAGCGGAGAGACCCCGGCUGAUUGAGCAUGGCUGCUCAGGCAGUGUUCCCCGUGACCUCGGGCAUUUUUGUGCCAUCUUGUGGAAUCCCAUUGCCCGAAGAUGGCCAUGAAAUCACCGAACUCCCCCGCACAGAUCUGCAAACACCUCAGCUGGUGUUGCUUGCCAAUGUGGCUUUGACAUCUGAGGCAUCUCCAGGCGAGUAUGCUGCGGAGGAGAAGGAAAUGGUGGAAUUAAAGAACGUUGGCUGCAGCAGCUACUCGGACAGCGAGGAGGAGGAGAACACGGUUUCCUACAACUAUGAGAACUCUGAAAACUCUGCGUACCUUGAGGAUGAUGCUACAGAGCAUGCCGAACCAGAGCCGGUGGAGGGAAUUAUCGUAAAGGUCACCGUCGGUGGCAGCGAGACCUCGCCAGAGGACCUCUCGAAAUCUCCAAACUCAAGCCCGACUGAACGCACAACUGGCGGGAAACGUAAGCAGAACCAGGUGAUUGGGCCCGCAGCCUCGGCAGAGCCUCCCAAGAAGAAGAAGAAGCCUUUCUACUGCAAACCCUGCCAGUUCCAGGCCGAAUGCGAGGAGGAUUUCAUUCGCCACAUCCGCACCCACAGUGCCAAGAAGCUCAUUGUGGUCAACAGUAUGGGAGAGUCCGACGACGAGGCGACGAACGACCCGGCUAAGCAGCAGGGUUCAGAAAACGGCGCUUCAACAUCCAAGGGGGUGAUCCGGUGUGAGCGCUGUGGCUACAACACCAACCGCUACGAUCACUACAUGGCUCACCUCCGGCACCACAAGAAUGAAGGGGAUGACCAGAGGGUGUUUAGGUGCACAAUCUGCCCCUACUCUACCGUCAGCCAGUACCACUGGAAGAAGCAUCUGAGGAAUCAUUUUCCCAGCAAGCUUUUUACCUGCAACCAGUGCUCUUACUUCUCUGACCGGAAAAAUAACUACAUACAGCACAUUCGCACCCACACAGGUGAGCGUCCCUUCCAGUGUAUAUACUGUGAAUACUCAAGUUCCCAGAAGACUCAUUUGACCAGACACAUGAGAACGCACUCAGGUGAGAGGCCUUUCAAAUGUGACAGCUGCAGCUACUUGGCAGCCAAUCAACAUGAGGUGACCCGCCAUGCCAGACAGGUCCAUAAUGGGCCCAAGCCGCUGAGCUGCCCUUACUGCCAGUACAAGACGGCUGACCGCAGCAACUUUAAAAAGCAUGUUGAGCUACAUGUAAACCCACGCCAGUUUUUGUGUCCAGUGUGCAAGUAUGCGGCGUCCAAGAAAUGCAACCUGCAGUACCACAUCAAAUCCCGACAUCCUGGAUGCUCAGAUAUCUCCAUGGAUGUUUCAAAAGUUAGGUUGAGGGUUAAGAAGGCAGAUGGAGACGACUGUGCCAGUCCUACAAAUGGAAAACAGUCCGAAGAUUUGGGGCAGCAGAAUGAAGAGUUGGAGUCAGACACAGACUCAUGCGGUGCCAUCAAUCUUUCAAUCAAAAAGAAAGGUAGAGCUAGUUCUGUGCAUACUGCAGACACAGGGACUACCAAGAAAACUACAGAUGGACUUAGGAGAGAGAGAUCUGGAAAGACUAUUCAUCACACAUAUGAGAAAAAGUCACAAAAGAAGACUGCACCGAAGAAUGAGGGGAAAGAAAUGAGUAUCAAGAAAGUGAAAAGCAAAGCAGUACAGAAGCCUGACCCCACCGAGAAAGAACCGGCAAGCUCUGCUCGAAAACAAAACAGUAAAAAGGACAAGGAGCUGAAAAAAGUGGAACGACCUACCCCUAAAUCUGCUGAGAAAGUCAUCAAGCGUCACUCCAGAAAAGAGAAGGCUACUGAGGACACCUGCGAGAAGGAGACAACUACCAGAGAUCAGACUGUUACAGAAGAGGUGCAAAUAUUGGAUCUGGAGAACAGACAAGAAACCGAAAGACUGCAAAAGGAAACAAGAGGAAACACUCAGAAGCAGAAAGAGGAGAACGAGAAGCUUCAGAAGGUGGAUAAGAAAGAGAAUAACGCCAAGGAAUCCAAGAAAACUCAGCUCAAGAGGCAGUCGAGAGUGGCAAAGAUUGAUGCUGAAGAAAAGACUUGUGAUAUCGUUAAGACAAACGGACUAAAACGUAAAGCAGAGACCACAAACUCUCCACAGAUCGAUUCCUCCAACAAGGAUGGCUCACCAGAAAAAGUAAAACGCAGGAAAGUGAUUGAAUCUGAUUCAGAAAAGCCAUCCUCAAGUGCUGCCACACCUGCAGAGGAUAGAGUCUCAAAGGGUAACAGCAAUAAGAGCAGAAAGAGUACAAAUAAGGCAGAUGUGUGUGUAGCAGAGUCUGAAGUACCUAAACAAGUGAAAAACGUCUCUGUAGGCAAAAUAACAAAACCUUCACAAGUGGAAACAUCACUUUCUACAGAACCUGAACGAGAACCUGAGCAGCCUACCCUAAUGCAGCAACAGGUGGAGAAGCCUGCCUCACAGCAAAAGAUGGAGAAGACUUCCUUGCCACCAAAGCUGAAGCAGCCUACCUUGCAGCAACAUCUGGAGAAGCUUGCUUUACAGCGAAACGCAGAGAAGUCAUCUGUGAAGCAGCAAAACCCAGAGAAGCCUUCCUUGCAACAAAACCUGGAGAAGAGUGCCUCGCAGUUGGAGAAGCCUGUCCUGCAGCCACAGCUGGAGAAGCCAUCUAUGAAGCAGCAGCCGAUGAAACCUGCCUUGCGACAACAGCCAGAGACGCCUUCCUUGCAGAAGUGCCUGGAGAAGCCUGCCUUGCGACAAGACCAAGAGAAGUCUGCCUCGCUGGAGCAUCCAGAGAAUCCUUCCUUGCAGAAACAACAAGAAAAGGUUGCAUUGCAGAAACAGCCAGAGAAGGUUGCACUACAGCAACAGCCAGAGAAGCCUUCAAUGCAGAAACAUCUGGAGAAGCCUGCCUUGCAGCAGUGCCCAAAUAAGCCUGUGUCGCAGAAACAGCCAGAGAAGCCUGCCUACCAGAAACAGGCAGAGAAGCCUGCCUCCCAGAAGCAGCCAGGGACUCCUGCUUCACAGCAACAGCCAGAGAAGCCUGCCUCGUGGAAACAGCCAGAGAAUCCUGCUUUGCAGAAACAGCUAGAGAAUCCUGCCUCCCAAAAACAGGCGGAGAAGUCUUCGUCACAGAAACAGCUAGAGAAUCCUGCCUCCCAAAAACAGGCGGAGAAGUCUUCGUCACAGAAACAGCUAGAGAAUCCUGCCUCCCAGAAACAGGCGGAGAAGCCUUCGUCACAGAAACAGGCGGAGAAGCCUUCGUCACAGAAACAGGCGGAGAAGCCUUCGUCACAGAAACAGGCGGAGAAGCCUGCCUCGUGGAAACAGCCAGAGAAUCCUGCUUUGCAGAAACAGCUAGAGAAUCCUGCCUCCCAAAAACAGGCGGAGAAGUCUUCGUCACAGAAACAGCUAGAGAAUCCUGCCUCCCAAAAACAGGCGGAGAAGUCUUCGUCACAGAAACAGCUAGAGAAUCCUGCCUCCCAGAAACAGGCGGAGAAGCCUUCGUCACAGAAACAGGCGGAGAAGCCUUCGUCACAGAAACAGGCGGAGAAGCCUGCCUCAAAGAAACAGCCAGAGAAGCCUGCCAUACAGCAACACGUGGAGAAACCUAUUUUACCACAAGACCUAGAAAAGCCCAGCUCAACAGAAGAUAAGGCCACAAGUUGCUGCUCAACCGUAAGCAGUGAGACUGUUGCUACUAAACAGAAACCCACAAUAAGAGAGACCUUACAGCAGGUUUCAGGGAAAGCAUCUGUAGAAGAAAAACUGCCUCAGGCCACAAAGAAGAAGGCCACUGCCAAAAGAAAGAACAGGACCACCGUUAAAGUGCAGGAAACAUCACAAGUUGCUGUUGAAAGUGAUGAGAUCCCAUCCCCGACUGAAAGUGAAGGUGACCCAGGGUUCAGCCAGGAACCCGUGGUUGAGAGUCCUACUCUGGAACUGCCUGGACCAACACGAGCCAGGCCAACAGACGCAGAGGACGACGAGGGUAUCCACAGCCAUGACGGAGGUAGUGACAUGAGCGACUGUGCCUCGGAAGUAAGUUACGACUCAGGACUCAAUGGGUUGGCGAACGGCAUGGAGAAACUUCCGGAAACGCCCACUGAAGAGCUUCCGUCUCCCACCCAGCUCCUCAGUCACACUUGUGUCUUCUGUGACCGUACGUUCCCUCUGGAGAUGGACUACCGGCGGCACCUGAACCGCCACCUUGUGAAUGUGUAUUACCUGGAGACGGCCACACAGAGAAACAAGUGAUGUGUGGACUUUGUACGGAACAUUUUUCCCUUCUUUUUUCUUUUUAAAAACUUUCUCAGCAUUAAGCCAACAACAUUCUCUUUUUCUGGAUUAAUGUCCUGCACUCGUAGUACAUUUUAUACAAUUGAUGAAGUUCCAAGCAAAACAUUUAUUCAAGCAUAAUCAUUCAUUCAUUAUGUUCUGAUUAACUGAGACUGUAGUCUUUAAAAGAAAAGAAAAUCUUGUAUGUUUCACAGUGUUUUAAAUAGUGGUGGUAUUGUGCGCUUCUACGGUAAUUUACGUUACAUAAGAAAAAAUUCCACCCACAAGAUUUCUUGGGCAAAACAAUGGAUAAUGUAAGCACUUUCUGAAGAUCUGUAAUGUGGAAAUACAAUAUAUAAUUUGAUCAUUUGAACCAUAAUCAGGAAACAUAGUCAUAAUCAGCUGAAAUUUCAUUUAGAAGCGCACAUUUGACACAAAACUAUUUUAAAAAACACUGUAGACUACACAAUUUGUGUUUUAAUAUGAAAUAAUUCAGUGGUGACAAGUAAAAUUACGUAAUUUAGAGGGCGUUUUGUGAAAAAUGUUUUGGUUUAUUGUUGUGGUAAUGCAGCUACACUAUAUGGACAAAAGUCAAAAAAGUAUUGGGAAACACCUGCUUGUUCUUGUACUAAAUCAAGGGUAUUGUCUUGUUUUUGUUAGAGUAACUGUCUCUCUACUGUUCGGGGAAGACUUUCUACUAGAUAAUGGGAUGAAAACUAACCUCAAGUUGUUCCACUCCUCCACAGCUCAAUUAUCGGGGGUUUAUACCCCUCUUGCCCCCAAUGGGCGUUCGUUAUGGUGCCAGCAGGUUCAUGUUUGCCUUUAUUAGAAGGGGUGUUCUCAAACUUUUGCCCAUAUAGUGUAUCUGAAUACUAAACCAAGCAAAAGGUCAAUUUCUUAGUUGAGUAAAGAUGGAGGGAUCCUUAACGGACGAAAGAAAGGCAUCGCUCUCUCUUUCUCUUGUUUUUUUUAUUCUCCUCUUUUAUUGCCACACUGCUGCACAAGGGAGGGCCACCACCAUCCCUCCAUCCCCGCUGAGAGCUGAGAUUUAACAGAGCCAGGUGGUCAGACUCUGAAUAGCCGUGGGCAGAACGGAGCUCUCCAGCCUUUUGUACGGCUCCACUCGACCUCAGCGGAGUCACAGCGAGAGAGAAAAAGCGAGAAAAAAGAGUGAAAGAAAGAAAGAGAAAAAGAGAGGGAGGAGAGUUUGUGAAUGCGAGAAUGAAAAAGAGCAUUAACAUUGGUGUGCAUGACCAAAACCGGUCUGUGUCUUUGUAAAAUACAGUUUAAGGGACCCUCGACAGCCGGCGUCGUCGUCAUCUAUGCCCCAUCCUUGGUGUAGAACUUCUUCAGAAGAACAUUGGUGGAUUAACUUCAUGCAGUAGCUCCUUAACCAUGGACAUGUAUGAUGGACAGUAACCAAAACAUGUAGAAACCAGUUAGAAAGCCAAACUUUACUUUUACCUUUUCUACAGUUGGUACAGUUGAGUGUUUUGUGUUCGAGUUCUAAUCUAGAACAGUGGCUUGCAUCCCUUUCUGAUUUGGUUCUGGAGAAUCUCCUCUUCUGCACAUUUUAAGAGUUUUUCACGUCUACAGUUGGUGUGCUCUGGUUCAAAUUAGUGAAUUUAGAGCAUUUUCUCCUUGAUUUGGUUUCUAAAAAUGAAAAUCUGCCUGAUCUGGCCCAUAGUUGGGUCAGAUAGAGGUCAUCACCACAUUUUCACCACAAAUAAAACCAACACACUCAAAUGGGAAAGGCUAGUCUUGGUAUUACCAGCAUUUUUAAUGGAGAUUUUCCAUUUAAAAAGUGAUCUAAACACUAUGGGGCUGGUUUCCCAGACAAGAAUUAAGCCUUAAAACUUUUUGGAGCAUUUUGGAGAUUUUCCACAGAAAGGAAAAUAUAUAGUCUACUCCUAGGCUUAAUUCUUGUUCAGAAAACUGACCCUAUGUGUUCGCCCAGAAAAUUAACCAAUAAAAAGCCUUUUAAAGCUAGUUGAAGGUAGGAAACCACCUAACGGUUGCAGGCCAGGGGGUUCUCCAGGACCAACAUUGAGAAAACACUGCUGUAGAAGACUUCUUUUUUUGUUCAUCUUCUUUUAUGCUUUCUUAGGCCACGUCGACAUAUAUCCAGAUAUUUUUUUUUUUUAAAUUAAGGUUUUGUUAUUGCUGUGUGGACAGUCAAAACAGUGCUUUAUAUUUCUAGCUGAAUCUCGAUUGCCUCCAUGUUUCCUAAGAAAUUAUCCACAUAAGUCAUUAAUAAAACUACAACGUCUAUAUACACACACAGCACUAGAAUUUUAGGUUUUCCACUUGUGAUUAUUAUUGUAAAUACUCUUCUAAUACAGAUAUAUAAUGCUCUGUUUAGAUUUAGAAUGUCAGUGCUGUGCAGUUCCCCUUUGUUGAUGACGUAUGAUGUGACAUUUUGGCGGUUCCACUAAAAAUGGUGGAAACACAGGCUGGUUCUCUAAAAAGCACCACGGUUCUCAUAAGCCUGAAAAGAGUUCUUUUGAUGGAAGAGCGAUAUUAGAGUGUAGUGGUUGAAUCUAUUGUAUUAGCUUUUCAUUCUUCUUUAUGGUGGGUUGAUGCCUCACUUUAUGAGGUACUCUAUAUCGCCCCCUACAGGGCUAGCAUGCUUGGAAUAAAAUCUUAGUUUUUAUUAAAAAUAUCUGGAUAUGUGUGGGUGAAGCCUCAAUUUCACAGUUUGGUCCAAAGAUGAUUUUAUAUUCUCAUUCAUGUGCCUGUUGCGGAAACAUACACUGUACAUAUUACUCAACUGUUUCAUUGUCUUCAUUGUUUUUCCUCUUUUUUUAGGUUUGUUUUUGUUCAUGCGUCUGACAAUCAUUUUUUUGGUUGUUUUUUUUUGUGUUGAUCUUUUUUGUGUUUUUUUUUUUUUUCCUUUUCAGUGUGUGCAUGUGUAUUUGUUGGUUUGUGUGAGCGUGUCUUCAUGAGGUUGAACUUUUAAGGUGGACUUUUCUCCUUUUGCGAUUUUUCCUGAAGAGUAAUUCAGAUCUCAGUGCCACAGGAAGAAUUUCCUCGAAAUUCAUUUUUGUAACUCCAAAGCCGACCCAAGCUGGCAUUAUGUUGGUUAGACUGGCAUUCAUCUGUGCCAUGUAAAAAAAUAUAUAUAUAUGUACAAAAAUGUGUUUGGGGGGAAAAAAAACGUAUAAAUGGAUGCCUUUAGUGAAUUCAGUAAUAGUGCAAUAAUGUAUAUUGGAUAUCAAACCAAAGCAACCUCUAGGCCCCUCCCCCUGUAACUGGUCAUCCACUGGUUAAACAGCUUAAACACCCCCCUAAUGUAAUGCACUCGUAGACGGUUAGAGGAGUUUCUGUAAAUUUGAGUCUGAUUUAGUUUAUGUUUAAUAGAGAUUUUACUUACUGACCUUUUCUUUUCUAUGGAAUCUAAACUGAAAUCAUAUCUCCUUUGUUUUACAGAUGUAAUCAAAAGAAUAAAAAAGUCACUUGUUUUAAUAUGUGAGGUAGACAUUUAGUAUCAGCUGUAAUGUUUGAUCUUUAGAACUGUGAUCUAUUUCCCACGAGGAAAUUAAAUUGGCUUUUUACAGGAACGGUUUCGGUUAAGUGUGUUUUGUGCCUUAUCACGUGUAAAGAACCAAGAUCUGAAUAAAAAAAUAUAUUGAUUCCUAAA